AUGAUGAUCACUGAUUACAGGAAGUUGUGGCAGCCUGCGAAGCAAAGGUUCAUGUUUGACCGGCUCGACAAUGUUGUAUGCGAGCCCAAGGGCUCGAGCACGUGCCAGGAUAUGCUAAAUGGCACGGAGAUGUCGGGGUGGCCAGCGACGUACGCAUAUCAGCGGGGCCUCUGGGCGGAGGUCAUGGACAACUCCGCGAACGCAGACGUACUACUGCCUCAAGUCACAAUUCUAGCAGCUGUGCCGGAGUGGACAAAGGCAGUUGAGGGGCCUUGCCCGGGAAGGGGCUGGGCCACAAUCAGCUGGCUGGCCUCGGCUUCUUCCAAGAAGCCCGUGAUCUCCGUGUAG